AGAGAGAUGUGUGUACUUCCCUCAGAGCGCCGCGGUGUUGCACAGAGAGCAUGGCUGAGCUCGCAGACGCUCCACCGCGGUGAUACCGGAGCUCUCGGGAAUAAACCCGUAUUAUUCUGUUAGAACGCGGGUUCUGGGAUGUAAACUCUCCUGUUUAACGGCUCUUUUUCGCUCUCUGAUGCUGGUACCUGUGGAAAUUCUUCGCUGUCGUGAAACCUCACACUGGCCCUUUUGCACUAGUUAGAGCUCCAGCCGCUAAAGAGGAUGAUUGAAGACGGAGGGAGGAGAGGAAGGACAAUGGCCGACAAGAGGCAGAUCUUCACAGAGAUGAAAGCGCAGAAUUUCGACUCCAUCCGGCUCUCCACGUAUCGCACAGCCUGCAAACUCCGCUUCGUCCAGAAGAAAUGCAACCUGCACCUGGUGGACGUGUGGAACAUGAUCGAGGCGUAUCGGGACAACGGCCUGAACACGUUGGAGCACAGCACCGAGCUGAGCGUGUCUCGGCUGGAGACUAUCGUCUCGUCCAUCUUCUACCAGCUCAACAAGCGUCUGCCCACCACCUACCAGAUCAACGUCCAGCAGAGCAUCAGCCUGCUGCUCAACUUCCUGCUGGCUGCGCAUGACAGUGAGGGUCAGGGGAGCGUGACAGUGUUCUCCAUUAAGGUCAUGCUGGCGAUACUGUGUGGAGGGAAGAUCGUGGAUAAACUGCGCUAUAUUUUCUCUCAGAUCUCCGACUCUCACGGAGCGAUGACUCUCUCCAAGUUCGACCUCUUCCUGGUGGAGGUGCUUAAACUGCCGUCCGCUGUGUUCGAGGGUCCGUCCUUCGGUUACACACAACAUUUCGCCCACUCCUGCUUCCCACAACAGAAGAAGGUGAUGUUGAACACGUUUCUGGACACGAUGAUGGCUGAUCCUCCUCCUCAGUGUCUCGUCUGGUUGCCCCUCAUGCAUCGCCUCGCUAAUGUAGAGAACGUCUUCCACCCGGUCAGCUGCUCGUUUUGCCGCAGUGAGAGCAUGGUUGGUUUUCGGUACCGUUGCCAGCAGUGUUUUAACUACCAGCUGUGUCAGACGUGCUUCUGGCGUGGCCAUGCCAGCGGAAACCAUAGCAACCAGCACCAAAUGAAGGAGCACUCAUCCUGGAAAUCUCCUGCUAAGAAGUUGGGCCGUGCCAUUAGUAAAUCAUUUGGGUGUGUACCGAGCAGAGAACCUACUCACCCCAUCUACCCUGAGGACCCAGAAAGAACACUCGACCUCUCAAAUAUUGUUCCACCCCGUCCUGUUCCAAACAACCUGAUUGUCUCAGCCCCGCCCCCUUCUGUAAGCCCCACCUCCAACCAAAGGGUGCAGGGUGUAUCUGCUGCUCAGCGUCUGAAUGAAGAACACACAUUAAUUGCAGCUUAUGUGAACAAACUGCAGUCGAGCCCACGUUCUCUGGACAGUCCCAGCCGAAUGGACGAGGAACACAAGCUCAUCGCUCGAUACACAGCUCGGUUAGCGUUGGACCCGUGCAACAAUGCUAGAUCUCCACAGCUGGACUUCGACAGUAACAAGCAUCAACGACGGCUCAUCGCAGAGCUGGAGAACAAAAACAGGGAGAUCUUACAGGAGAUUCAGCGUCUGCGUUUGGAGCACGAGCAGGUGUCCCAGCCCAGUCCGGAGAAAGCUCAGCACAAUCCUACGCUGCUGGCUGAACUGCGUCUGCUCAGGCAGAGGAAGGAUGAGCUGGAACAGAGGAUGUCUGCUCUGCAGGAGAGCAGGAGGGAGCUCAUGGUGCAGUUAGAGGGACUGAUGAAACUACUGAAGGAAGAGGAGCAGAAACAGGCUGCCCAAGCAGCAGGCACUCCUCAGUCCUCUCCCAGCCACGCGGCCUGUCGUCCAAUCCCCAUGCCCGUUCGCUCCACAGGCUCCACACCCACACACACUGGCCACACCCCCUCACAUAUGGUUCAGGACUCUCUGGCUGGAGUGGGCGGAGACGUGCGCGAGGCUUUUGCUCAUGGAGCACGCAGAAACCUGCGUAAUGAUCUUCUUGUAGCAGCUGACUCCAUUACCAACACCAUGUCCUCCUUAGUUAAGGAGCUGCACACUGAGGAGGAUGGAGCAAGGGAAGACGAGAGACUGCGGAAUGGGAAAGACCGAGGUGCAGCGGUUGGACAGGUGCGAGCGAUCACUCAGCAGACUCCACCCAGAGAAACGAAGCGCUCUGUUCACACCCCGCUGUCAUCAUGAUGAUGACGACGACGAGGACAUUGUAGGAAGAAGCACGACAAUGAUCUGAUGGUCUCACAUCAUCCAAUCAGAGAAGAGCUUCAGGAGCCACUGUUUAUAACUGAUUAUAAUUUUUGAAUGGAAGAUCCUGUUGGUUUUAUUUUUUUUCCUGUUUAGGUUUGGUUUGUUUGUUUAUUAAUAAGCUCUGUUUGAUUUUGCUGAUUGAUUUGUUGAAAGCUAAAAAAAACUACUGAUUAGGCCCCCGUUUUGGACUGCGGACGAAGGACGAGGAGCUGCUUCUAGUGAGGGUUUGAAGUUUUUAUGGUUUGGAGAAAGUAAAGAAAUGAAGGUGAAAUGAAGGAGGAAAGAGGGAUGAGGUGGGAAAGGUGCUGAAGGUGAAGGAGAAAGUGCUGCGAUGUGAAGGGUGAAUCGUGCAGGUCGUCGUUAUGUGGUUAAAGAGAGGAUCUGUUAGCGUGUGCUGUGUUUAAGGAACGUGACUGAACCAUUUUGUGCUGUUAAUUUAUUUUUUUCCUUUUGAUGUUUGUGAUUUUUAUUUAUUUUCAUCGGACAGCUUUUCAGCUCUUGCAGGCGUAUGUGUCAGAGGACAUCUUCAUGAUCGUAAAUCUUUGGGCAAAAAUGAGGCCUAGUUUUAGACUAAAUUAUUUGUAUUUUAAAAAAAAAUUUUUUUUUUUUUAGUCAAGGGCUAGACUUCAUCUGCGUUCCUUUAUGGAUCGACGUGUUUCAUUGGGCAGCCUGUUAACAGGAAAUCGACACCCACUAGGCAUCAUCACCAAUCGUGUUCAUCUUUACUUGAAAAUAGAUUCGAAUCUAGUGGCAGCUAUUUUUUGGUGCUGAACACAACUAGACUACUCUUGGUGUGCUCUCACAACUAUUCAUCUGUUUGUAGAGUCUGAAUCAGCGCGCAGUUGAUUCUUUUGAUUCGUUUGCUAUUUGGUUUGGCUUCACACUUAAAUGAAGCGUGUAUAAAAAAAAAACAUCGCCUGAAGGGAGUGUAGAGCUGAAGACGUCCUUGUAAAACUCUCUUCAGAAAUACUUUGAUAGAUAAAGCUUAAAAAAAACAAUCAAGUACCCAAGCAGGAAGAACACAGAGCUGACACAAAAUAAGUGACAGCAUAUUUCUAUAAAUAAGUUUAAAAUGUUUUUCCAUAUUUCUUUUCUUUUUUUAUUUGUUCUUCAGGCCACAUAACAUUUCUGUAUGCACUACAGCGCUGUCUCAGUUCAAAGCAUGUCUGAUUCACUUCACACAGUGAGUCGGUUCAGUGUCAAAUCACUUUCUCAGUUUUGUUUUCCUCAUUCAGUGAGCCGGUUAAGAGUUGUGUUUGAUUCAGAGUCGACUCACUCUCUCUCAAUCAUGUUUGCUUCAUUCAGUGAGUCGGUUCAGAAUCGAAUUGCUUUCUCAAUCUUGUUCGCUUCAUUCAGCGAGUCGGUUCAGGGUCGAGUCGGUUCAGAGUUGAAUCGCUUUCUCAAUCGAGUCCGCUUCAUGCAGUGAGUCGGUUCAGAGUCGAAUCACUUUCUCAAUCCUGUUCGCGUCAUUUAGUGAGUCGGUUCAGAGUCGAAUUGCUUUCUCAAUCGAGUCCGCUUUAUACAGUGAGUCGGUUCAGAGUUGAACCACUUUCUCGAUCGAGUCCGCAUCAUGCAGUGAGUCGGUUCAGAGUCUGAAUCGCUUUCUCAAUCCUGUUUGUUUCAUGCACUGAGUCGGUUCAGAGUCGAAUCACUUUCUCAAUCGAGUCCACUUCAUACAGUGACUUGGUUCAGAGUCGAAUUGCUUUCUCAAUCCUGUUCGCGUCAUUUAGUGAGUCGGUUCAGAGUUGAAUCACUUUCUCGAUUGAGUCCGCAUCAUGCAGUGAGUCGGUUCAGAGUUUGAAUCGCUUUCUCAAUCGAGUCCACUUCAUGCAGUGAGUUGGUUCAGAGUCGAGUCAGUUCAGAGUUGAAUCACUUUCUCAAUCGAGUCCGCUUCAUGCAGUGAGUCAGUUCAGAGUCUGAAUCGCUUUCCCAAUCCUGUUUGUUUCAUGCACCGAGUCGGUUCAGAGUCGAAUCACUUUCUCAAUCGAGUCCACUUCAUGCAGUGACUUGGUUCAGAGUCGAAUUGCUUUCUCGAUCCUGUUCGCGUCAUUUAGUGAGUCGGUUCAGAGUUGAAUCACUUUCUCGAUCGAGUCUGCAUCAUGCAGUGAGUUGGUUCAGAGUUUGAAUCGCUUUCUCAAUCGAGUCCACUUCAUGCAGUGAGUUGGUUCAGAGUCGAGUCGGUUCAGAGUUGAAUCACUUUCUCAAUCGAGUCCGCUUCAUGCAGUGAGUCAGUUCAGAGUCUGAAUCGCUUUCCCAAUCCUGUUUGUUUCAUGCACCGAGUCGGUUCAGAGUCGAAUCACUUUCUCAAUUGAGUCCACUUCAUGCAGUGACUUGGUUCAGAGUCGAAUUGCUUUCUCGAUCCUGUUCGCGUCAUUUAGUGAGUCGGUUCAGCGUUGAAUCACUUUCUCGAUCGAGUCCGCAUCGUGCAGUGAGUCGGUUCAGAGUCGAGUCGGUUCAGAGUUGAAUCACUUUCUCAAUCGAGUCCGCAUCAUGCAGUGAGUCGGUUCAGAGUCGAAUCGCUUUCUCAAUUGAGUCCACUUCAUGCAGCGAGUCGGUUCAUAGUUGAAUUGCUUUCUCAGUGAAGUUCAGUUUGACUUGAAGCAGACCAAGGCUGAGCUCACACACCAGGGUUCUGUUCAAAUGGACUACGUGAAGGCACUCUUAGCUAGCUAAAAAACCGACAGAGUUAGCAUUUUUGAAGCAACUCUGUCAGAACUGUUUUGAAUUUCUGAAAUAUUGAAGACGCUACCAUUUUGAUAGCACACAAAAAUCCUGCCUGCCUUGUGUUUGGAACGCAGUGUUUGGAAAAUUUGCCCUUUGAAGUAUCUGAUCAUGAAUUCGCUCCUUUUUGCUGGAGUUUGUGUAAAUAUUAAAAGUUGUAGAUGAUUUUAGUUUUAUAGAACUUGCUUGAGGUACAGACAUAAAGAAGGACAGCAACUCGAUAUACGUGUACUGUGUUCCGAACAGGACCCGUCCCCAUGAUCCCAGACUCUGUUUAUAGUUUUUAUUUGAGCACUAUUUGUAGUUGGGCACACACACGUGCGCGUACAUGUCCGUGUAUAUCUGACCUACCUUUUCUUUUCUUUUUUAAAAAACAGGGUGUGCGUGUGAGUGAGUACAUAAUGCUGGACUGUCACUAUAAUGAAGCUGACUUUUAUUACCCGAGUCUCAAGUGGGAUUGUGGGAAAUAUUUAGUAUUUUUAGCCUUUACCUGUUUUUGGAGGGGGGGGGGGAUAUCGCAUAUAAUUCUGCCAGAAUGUCUUGCCAAGUUUCCUGUGUGUGUUUUUGGUUUAUAGGCUUUAUAUAUUAAAAAAAAAAACAACCAACCAAAAAAAAAAAAAAGCAGCUGCGCCUUUUUUUUCCAGUAUAAUUUUGCUGUGACUUUUUUUUUUUAUAUGCACAUGCGUGCACAUGCAUGUCUUACAAUACUUAUGAGGACCUUCCAUUGAUAAUUUUUAAUGGAAGUAAUUAAAACUAUGCUAAACCUAACACCAAACUUAACCUCCGUCACCAAAAAGGAAUUUAUUUUCGUUGUUAUUUUUUUUUUUUUUUACAUUUUUAAAAUAAAAAUGUUUUCAGGAUAUCAAACUUGCCAGGUAAUCCUGUCCUGAUGGGGACAUUUUUGGUCCCUACCAAGAUUUGGAAAUUGCUAUAAAAAAUUAAAAUCCCCCCCCAAGAUUAGCACGAUGUGUUUUAGAAAUCACGAUCUGGAAAGAAAAUAUUAGAACACGGAACGCCCAAAAGACAGUCAGAUAUUUUCAGUUUACGCUUUUCAUUUCUAAUACAAUUCACUUGUUAGGUUUUUGAUGUUGCGUUUGCAUACAUCAAUAACUCCUCCUUUUUUUUUCACACUUAAUAGUAAACUGGUUGUUAAAUAUCAUUCAUGUUUUGUUGUUGCAUUGCUUUUAUUGUUUGUUUGAACAAAAAGCAGAGGAAAAGUGCCUGUGUUCGGCUGCCACGCCAAGCGAUUGCGAAGUAAAACCAUGAAAAUAGAGUUUAUAGACUUUAUAGUGUUUAUAGAGAUGAUGAUUUAUUACUAAACAGAACGAUGCGUAAAUGCAGUCUGGUUGAAAGAGGCUUCUGAACUCUGAACGUAACCACUUUCAUUAAACAGCUGUUCAGGAAUCCUCUUUUGGUUUGCGCUUUAUUCACAUUUGUGUGGUUGUUAAAAGUAAACAAAUCCCUCAUGAUGUGCCAUGGAUGGAUGGCUUGAGGGGGGAAAAACUUUUAUUCGUUCAUCCGAAACCUUGAUAUUGCGAUGGAGGUACAGAAAACACUUUGUGGCGUUUCAUGUUUAAUUUUCACCUUUUAUCAUGAUUUAAAAAACAAACCCAUUUCUACCAGUUUCCACUGAGUGCUUUAUUGAUAAAUAGAGUUUCAUAUUCGUGUGUGUGUGUGUGUGUGUGUCGGGUUCGGGGGCUCAUGGUGCCGGUAACCAUCAGUUUCGUCCUCGUCCUGCUCGAGUCUCAUGACUGCCGUACAGACUGUGUUUCAUAUCAAACGAAUCAACUCCGUCUCUGUUUUUUUUUUUUUUCAAAUGUAUCAAGAAUAAAUGCUAUUUUUAAAAGGAAA